CGUAAAAUGCGCCACCCACCUUGAGAUACAAGUUCUAGGGUCUCAAGUGUAGUUACGACGGCUGGCCCACCCCCAUCAAACCGAAACGCGUUACUGCUCUAUGCGGCUCUAUUCCGAGGUCGGAUGGGAGACAUGAAGAAAUGGUGUACCCCAUUAACAUUGACCGCAUUCGUGUCGCAACCACGGAACCUGGAGUGGUGGAAAGUGAAUACUGAACAGUUGCUUGUGAGAGAGCGGUGUGCGAGCUUGUGCAGUGUUGAAUAGUGUUGGGAAAGUGUUUUUAUGUUACCUCUAAACUUCGACAGACAUGCUACAUUGAAAGUUGAAAAACAAUGGCGAUUUCCACGGUUGCAGCUACAGCCAUUAAAUCAGCUCUUGCCAUCGGCGGUCUGCAUACACUUACUUUCAUACCGAUAAUGCUAGCGGCCAUGGCCUAUUUCAACUAUGAACUACUAGAUCCCGAACAAAGACCGUUCAAUCAGAAAUAUUUGAGAGAAACAUAUGAUUUCAUAGUGGUCGGAGGAGGAUCUGCCGGAUCUGUAUUAGCUAAUAGACUGUCUGAAGUUGAAGGUUGGAAUGUCUUGCUUUUAGAAGCAGGAGGUCACGAAACCGACAUCAGUGAUGUUCCCUUACUGUCAUUGUAUUUGCAUAAGAGCAAACUUGACUGGAAAUACCGGACCCAACCGCAAGACACUGCUUGCCAAGCUAUGAUCGACAAACGAUGCAGCUGGACUAAAGGCAAAGUCUUGGGAGGCUCUUCAGUUCUCAAUACCAUGUUGUAUAUAAGAGGGAACAAGCGUGAUUUCGAUCAGUGGGAGUCCUUUGGAAACCCGGGGUGGGGCUAUGAAGAUGUCUUGCCGUAUUUCAAGAAAUCUGAGGACCAACGCAAUCCGUACUUGGCAAAGGAUACCAAGUAUCAUCAAACUGGCGGGUAUCUAACUGUCCAAGACUCCCCGUAUAAUACUCCGAUCGGAGCUGCGCUACUCCAAGCUGGUGAGGAAAUGGGAUAUGACUUUAUCGACGUAAACGGAGCUCAACAAACUGGAUAUGCGUGGUACCAGUUUACUAUUCGAAGAGGCACCAGAUGUUCCACAGCAAAAGCUUUCCUGAGACCUGUAAGACUACGACAGAACCUUCAUAUCGCUCUAUUCUCCCACGUCACUAAAGUUUUAAUUGACAAGGAUACGAAAAGAGCAUACGGAGUCGAAUUCCUUAGAGAUGGCACUCAGCAAGUCGUUUAUGCAAAACGAGAAGUUAUAUUGGCGGCUGGAGCAAUAGCUUCGCCUCAAUUACUUAUGUUGUCUGGUGUCGGACCCGAGCAACACCUAAAAGAGGUGGGGAUCGAUGUGAUUCAUGAUUCUCCUGGAGUCGGGAGAAACCUGCAAGAUCACAUCGCUGUCGGAGGCAUUAUCUUUCGAAUCGAUUAUCCCGUAAGUUUGGUUAUGAAUCGUCUUGUGAACAUUAACUCUGCUUUACGGUAUGCCAUCACCGAGGACGGUCCACUUACAUCCAGCAUCGGCCUCGAAGUUGUAGCUUUUAUUAAUACUAAAUAUGCAAAUGCUACUGACGAUUGGCCUGACAUUGAAUUUAUGAUGACAUCAUGUUCGACGCCUUCUGACGGAGGUACACAAGUGAAAAAAGCACACGGACUGACGGAUGAGUUCUACAAUGAAGUUUUUCAAGAAGUUAACAACAAAGACGUUUUCGGUAUCUUUCCGAUGAUGUUACGUCCAAAAAGUAGAGGAUUUAUUAAACUACGCUCUACGAAUCCCCUGGACUACCCUAUAAUGGUCCACAAUUACUUGACGCAUCCUGAUGACGUUGGAGUACUGAGAGAAGGGGUGAAAGCCGCGGUAGCAGUUGGAGAAACAACAGCCAUGAAACGUUUCGGAUCAAGGUUUCAUGCAAAACCUGUCCCGAAUUGUAAGCACCUACCUCCUUAUACUGACGAAUAUUGGGACUGUUUUAUUCGUCAAUACACCAUGACCAUUUAUCACGUUUCGUGUACAGCGAAAAUGGGUCCUUCUAGUGACCCAAUGGCAGUUGUGGAUCCAAGAUUAAAAGUAUAUGGGAUCGAAGGUCUUAGAGUGAUAGACGCAAGUAUUAUGCCCACAAUUACUAAUGGAAAUAUUAAUGCUCCAGUCAUCAUGAUCGCUGAGAAAGGAGCUGAUAUGAUCAAAGAAGAUUGGUUACCAAAAUCUAAAAAACGACGACGCAGAAGCAUCAGAUGCUCUAGAUUAGAAAAAAUUAGUUUAGGCCGUCAUAAUAGUAAGCUUUGCUCAAUUAAAAGAUGAUGUAAUGGAAUUUAAUAGAAUAAGUAGUAAAAUUAAGGGAUUUUUAGUAUACAGAGAUACCAAAAGUGUUCAUGUUCAAAUGUGUAAUGUGUAAGCGAUCUGUUUCGCAGAUUCUAGUCGGCGGUGUGCUUGAAUAAAAUAAUACAUUAGAAAUAUUUCUAGUUAAGUUGGACGCUAUUAAAUCGGGACCUCUUUUAACUUAGUCAAUCUAGGUAUUUACACAAAACAGAAAAUUAGUUAUAUAAAUCUUGUAAAUAAUCUACUUAUUUAGUAUUCGUUAAUUUCGCUAUAACUGUUUUUUAUUGCCCCGACGUAAUUUAAAUUUAUUUAAUUUAAAUGAUGUAAGACUUUUUUAUGAGCAGGAAUACAUGGGUUUUAUUUUUAUUUCUUUCCUAUACUGUUCUCAAUAUAAAACAUUAGCGAGUGGUUAGCAAUUUUGUCUCUUCUCUGGUCUCGAAUCUUACUUGAAGAUAAAUAUCAAUGCAAAUGACAUAAGCCAAUUUAUACCUACGUUCUUAAUAAAGCUUUUUAGUUAUAAUGAUUGUAAUAAACAUGAACAGCUUACAAUAUUGCUGUACUUUUUAUGUUUUUACCUGAAGUAAAUGGACAGAUUUGGUUU